AGAGUGUAAAAAUGAGGAAGAGAACAAAACUUUGAGGUUGAAGAGACAAGAAGAAGGAAGAGACACACGAAACGCACACAAGCACAGAGCAAGAACCCGAAUUUCGUAGAGAAAAACUGGAAGAAGAGUGGGGGAGAGACGUAAUCCACUUUUUCCCGCCGCACUUUCCCUCCCUCUCUCUCUCUCUCUCUUCCAUUUCAUACACCCGUUAUGGAGAUAAAGACGGAUAGUAAUGAUGGCACGCUCAUUUUAGUUAAGCAAGGAGCUGAAGCUAGAGUGUUCGAGUCUACUUUCGUUGGAAGGAGAUCGAUUGUUAAGGAACGGUUCUCAAAGAAAUAUAGACAUCCAUUACUGGAUUCCAAGCUUACACUCAAGCGAUUGAAUGCAGAAGCAAGGUGCAUGACAAAAGCUAGGCGACUUGGAGUAGCUACACCAGUGUUGUAUGCUGUUGACCCGAUAUUAUAUACCCUGACAUUUGAGUAUGUGGAAGGUUCUUCUGUGAAAGAUAUAUUGCUUGAAAUUGGGUCAAAUGGUGGUGAUUCAAAACGGUUGAGUGACAUUGCAAUGCAGAUUGGUGUUGCAAUUGGGAAGUUACAUGAUGGUGGUUUAAUUCAUGGUGACCUGACCACAUCAAACAUGUUGAUCAGGAGUGGUACCAAUGAACUUGUUCUUAUUGAUUUUGGUCUGAGCUUCACUUCAACUAUUCCAGAAGACAAAGCUGUUGAUCUAUAUGUGUUGGAACGAGCGCUGCUAUCAUUGCAUUCUUCAUGUGGGAAUUUGAUGGAGUUAAUUCUUGCUUCAUACCGGAAGACUUCGAAGCAAUGGUCGUCAACCUCGAACAAAUUGGCUCAAGUGCGUCAGAGAGGCCGAAAACGCACCAUGGUUGGUUAAGUAAUUUCACUUUUAAUCUGUCUUGUUGAAUUAUCACUUGACUUCUUGUGUAGUAGACUCAUUUGAACUUCAACAACGUAUUUAAUUAAUCUUAAUCUUAAAAACAAAUCAACAAUUUUGUUUUA